AUGCCUUUGGAUCGAGCGAUUUUGCUUUUCAGCAGACAUGCAUUUAGAAGUGAUACUCCUCCUAAGAAUUGGUACAAUUUCUCGAUAGAAGUUGUUUCAAGCAUAGGAAGGCUUCCUUUGACUCUAGAAGUUGUGGGUUCUCUUUUUGCCCGCACGAACAAAUCAGAGUGGCACGAGACAUUGAAGGACUUAAAGCAAAUCCCACCUAGUGAUGUCCAAAGAUCACUAAUGCUAAGUAUCAACAAAUUGGAUGCCAACGAAAGAGCCAUAUUCCUAGACAUAGCAUGUUUUUGCAUCAACGAGGAUAAGACUAGUGCAGACUACAUGUGGCGUAGUAGCGGCUAUUCUCCACGCGGUGCGUUUGAUGUUCUCCUCUUCAUGUCAUUGAUAAAGAUCGAUGAGUACAAUCGUUUCUGGAUGCAUGAUGAAGUUCGAGAUCUAGGAAGGUACAUUGUCAAGGAAGAGAAUUUUGAAGAUGUUGAAAAGCGUCGUUGGGUGCGAAUUGAUAAGAAUACUCAAGUCAUACUGAGGAGCAAAGAGGAAAAAGGAGCUAUACGAGCACUUAGUUUGGAUAUCAGUCAUGACCUAACACCUGAAGAAAUAGCAUUUUUGCCAAGCUGAGGUUCAUAGGAGGGAAAAAACUGAAUUUUGUAGGCGACUUCAAAAAUGUUAGACCUAAUUUGAGAUGGCUUUCUUGGCAUUUUUGCCCGUCAAAUUUUUUAGCAACGAAUCUUCAUCUAGAGAAUUUGGUUGUGCUCAACCUUUCGAUGAGUAGCAUCACCGACGACUGGGAUGGAUGGAGGCAAAUCAAGGUACCAACACACCUCACAUGUUCACUUCAAAUUCUAUCAAUUGAUCUUCAUAGUCUCAAUACUUUUUGUCGGCAUGUAAUCCGCCUUGUUUUUCCAUUGCAGAUGGCAAAAAACUUGAAAAUUCUAGAUUUGACGAGCUGCUAUCUUUUAACCAAAAGACCUAAUUUUUUAGAGUUUGACCAAUUGGAAAAAUUGAUUCUCAGAUAUUGUUUUAAGUUGU